AUGAGGUCUGCAUUGUCCCUCGGAAGACGUAGAAACCGGGACGCUCUGUUCGAAUCUGAAGAAAUUACAAGGAUCAACCUUACCUUUCACCCGGAUAAGCCUAUCGAAAUUGCUCAAGUAAUACUUGGGACCCCACAAAUACGGGCAGCUGCAGUUGGAGUCAUCGCAAUUACUCGACCGCCCAAUAUCGAGAUCCUUGUAGUUAACAUAAGCUUCUCUCGCCCUUCCUCCACUCGGAAUAUAACGGCCCAUAGUCUCGUAAACCCUCCUCAUAAACUCCGUGUUCUUAGCUUCCGCUUCCAAGCUCUCCGCAUCACUCCAACUGACGACGUACUGCUUCCCCGUGAGCAAAUACUCGGGCUUCGUCCCGUUUACGUACCCUCCCGUGAACACGACGGACUCGAUCCACGUCAUCUCCGCGCAUUCCGACUCGUCGAGCCCGAGCUCGGGGAAGCUUCUCCGCAUAACACCGAGAAGCUCGUCUCGUUUGCCGAGAAACACCGCGUUGUAGACCGAAAUCGGGUCGUCUCCCGCCGCGGAUUGCAUAAGGACACGGAUGAACGUCCGGUUAUCCAUCUCGUGGGCCACCUUUUGCCACCUGUCGAGAAUCCCUAUCCCGAUUCGGUUCAACGGCCGCGCGGCGUUGAAAACCGUGACUUUCGGCGGGACGGUGACGAGCCGGAGCUUCCACGCGAGGAUCACGCCGAAGUUGCCCCCUCCGCCUCCCCGGACGGCCCAGAAGAGGUCGGGAUAGGCGGCGGCCGAGGCCACGACGAGGCGGCCGUCGGCCGUCACGACGAGAGCGGCGAGGGCAUUAUCGACACCGAGGCCGUGGGCCCGCAUCAAGCCACCGUAGGCGCCUCCGGUGAUGUGGCCGCCGAUCCCGAUGCUGCCGUAGAGGCCGGCGGGGAAGGCGAGGGUGCCGCGGCUGGAUUCAGCCACGUGAUAGUAGAGUUCGCCUAUGGUGGCGCCGGAUUGGACCCACGCGGUGCGUGUCGCCACGUCGACGCUGACGUGGCGGAGGUGCUGGAGGUCGAGGAGGAUGAACGGUGGGCGGAGGGAGAUGUAGGAGAGGCACUCGUAGUCGUGGCCGCCGCUGCGGACGCGGAGGUCGAGGUGGAGGUCGCGUGCGCACGUGACGGCGGGGGACACGUGGGACUCGUGGAGUGGGGUGAAGAUGAGGAAGGGUUUGGGGAUGGAAGGGGAAAGGCAGCGGAGGUUUUGGGCGGUGGAGUUGAGGAGGGAGGAGAAGGAAGUGGGGUUGAUGGUAGGGGCAUAGAUGGUGGAGAAGGGGAUUCGGGAGGAGGAUUCCGGGCGGCGGUUGAGGCACCGGUGGAAGGCUUCGGGAGUGAGGUUAGACGGCGGCGGUGGUGGUCUCGGGGGAGGACAAGGGUACGUGGCGGCUGGUGGUUGGAGGAUAGUGGUCAAAGUGAUAAGUAA